AUGACUGUCACCAUAUCCCCAUACUCGAUGUUUGACCAUUUAUCCCAGCUGGCUCGACAGAAUGCCACCAACCCGUCACCCCAAACACAUUUCGAGCUUCUGCGAAUGAUCGAGCGCUUGAGAUUGGCAGUGGAAACCCCAUCGGAGACUGUCCAGCGACUUAUUUAUCAGCCCCCACAGAAUGCCGCUUUGCGAAGUGUCGUCGAUCUCGAGAUCUUUCCCCUCUUGAUGCAGAAGCAGCACGUCUCAGGGAUCUCAGCCACUCAAAUAGCGGAAUACACAGGAGCGGAUCAGGAAUUGAUCGUUCGAUUAAUGCGAGUCAUGGCGUCCUUGGGUCUGUGUACUUCAUCGGAGUUCCAGGUAUAUAAGGCGAAUGAGAAAACAGCGGCGAUGGCUCAACCAGCCGGUCGUGAUGGAGUCCCCUGCAUAUAUGAUCUCACUCUGCCAACGCUGGAGAAGCUGCCGCAGUAUUUGCGAACUCAUGGCUUUUCCAACCCCGACGACUAUAACAACUCGCCGAUGCAGUGGGCAGUCGGGCAGAGUCAAUUUGAGUGGCUCGCCGACCACAAAGACCACCAAUCCUCGUUCAACUCAUACAUGGCCAGCCGCAGGCAACAUCGACCGAUGUGGUUCAACUUCUAUCCAGUACAGAGGCUGAUGGGCGACGCAACCCCAUUCCACGACACGGUAUUCAUCGUCGAUGUGGGCGGUAACCAAGGUCAUGACCUGAGCAAGUUCAGCCAGAAGUAUAAACAUCUUCCUGGCAAGCUCAUUCUGCAAGAUCUCCCACAGAUCGUGAGCGGGGUGUCUGGUCGCGAAUCAGGCAUCGAGGUCAUGCCAUACAACUUCAUGGAUCCUCAACCGGUCCAGGGCGCGCGAGUCUAUUACUUCCGCUCCAUCUUCCACGACUGGCCCGAUCAGACUUGUCAUCAGAUCCUGCGCAAUACGGUAUCUGCUAUGGCGCCGGAUUACUCUCGGAUCUUGAUUGUGGACUUCGUGCUACCGGACACUGAUGUCCCGCUCAUGCAGACCUCGCUUGAUAUCCAGAUGAUGAGCAUUGGGGCUGGGGUUGAGCGCUCGGAGACUCAGUGGAGGGACUUACUGCGCAAAGCUGGGUUGGAGAUCACUGGAAUUUGGAGUCAAGAGCCGGGAAUGGAGUCAGUCAUUGAGGCUAAGCCCUUGUCAUGA